AUGGCCUCGACUCGGCCGGCGCCGCCUUCGUCGCGCUCGGGGCUGCCCCCCGAGCCUGGGCCCACACCGCCGACGCCGACGCCCGGAGGCCCACCGGGGUUGCCCCCGGGGCCCGCCUGCUGCCGCCGCCUCUUGCUGUGGCCCGGGCCCGAGCAGCAGCCACCUCCCGGACCGCCGCCGGGGCCGCCCACGGCGCCCAGGCCUAGGCCCAGACCCAGCGCGUCGGCGGCCCCGGCGGAGGCCGGCCCCCCGGGGCCCGGGGGCGGCGGCGAGGCCUGCGGCCGGGAAGCCGCGGAGCCCGCGCCCGAGGCCCAGCGCGCCAGUGGCGGCGGCGAGGCCCGCGGGCGGCCGCCCGACGACGGUCCGGCGCCCGGGACGCCCUCGCCGCCGCCCGGGCCGCCGGGCCCGCCGCCGCCCGGGCCGCCGGGCCCGCCGCCAGGCUCGCCGUCCGGGCCCGAGUCGGCAUCCGAGCCGGCGGGCGGCGGCCCGGGCGGCGGCGGCGGCGGCUUCUUCUUGGGCAGGAUGGUCAUGGCGCUCCGGGGCCCUGACGCCGGCGGGCUCGGCCUGGGCCUGGGGCUCAGCGGCUCCGGCUCCGACGCCCCCUCAGGGCCGCCGGGGCCGGGGCCGGGCCGGAGCCAGGCCGGCCCGAGGCGCGGGGCGGGGACGGGGGGAGGGGGAGGGCCGACGACCAGGAGAGGCCGGAGCCGCCAGGCCCCGCGGAGCCGCAACGCCGAGCGCCGCCUCCCCUGUACCGGGCGGGGCGGAGAGUGGGACGGGGUGCGGGUUAAGUCCGGGCCCAAACCCCCUGUUACGUCUCGGCGAGCAGCGGAGGGCACGGAGGCCUUUUGCGACUUCCACAGCCAGGGACUGAGGGGAGGCGCAGUGUCCAGACACAGCAAUUCCACCACGGGCGCCUGCCCCUCCCCGCCUGGCGAGUUGCCACAGGCCGUGUCACACACUCCUCCGCAACGUCACUUCCGCCCCUCGCCCCAUCACCCCCGCCUCGCCGCGCAGGUUUUUAUUGGUUUGAACUGCAUCCAGUAG